UGGGGAAAGAGAGGCCCAUGGGAGUAUGGACCUGUAAGCAGAUACACAUGAGCUAGUGUCUACACUCACUCACAUUGCCUUUUUCACUCAGAGCGUGCCCAUCCUCCCCUGCACAGCAGGAAUGUGAAAUGCACCUGAACUGGAUCCAGCACGAGGAAGAAUGACUGCUAAAAGUCGCCAUGCCACCUGUUCCGGGACAGAAGCUUUCCUGGAGGGUCCACGCAAAAUCAUUAUCCAUUAAUUUCAGUAAUCCCCGUCCGCUGUGAAGUAAUUUAACUAAAAGCAGCUCGUUAACGUGUACAAAAAUGGAGGAGUGUUGCCUGCCUGCUGAGGAAGUGGAGAGACUCAGGAUACACAGAGAAAUAGAGAGACAGCUUCGUCGUGAUAAAAGAGCCUCUCACAGGGAGUUGAAGCUGCUGCUUUUAGGGACUGGUGAAAGUGGGAAGAGCACUUUCAUCAAACAGAUGAGGAUCAUCCAUGGCAGUGGAUACAAUGAAGAUGACAAGAAAGGUUUCACUCGGCUGGUGUUUCAGAACAUCAUCACAGCCAUCCAAGCGCUGAUCCACGCCAUGAAGACUCUACAGAUUGACUACAUCGAUGACCAGAACAUUCACCACGCACAGAAGCUGAGCCAAGUGGAGGCAGACCAGGUGUCCACUUUGGAGGCUUGGCAGGCGGACUCUAUUAGGCGAGUGUGGAAUGACCAAGGUGUUCAAAGGUGCUACGACCGCAGGAGGGAAUUCCAGUUAUCAGACUCUGCCAAAUAUUACCUGAGCGACUUGGACAGAAUCACAGCCCUGUUAUACAUCCCCACCCUGCAGGACAUCUUGAGGGUCAGGGUCCCCACCACAGGCAUCAUAGAGUAUCCCUUUGACCUUUCAAAGGUUAUCUUCAGGAUGGUAGAUGUGGGUGGUCAGCGUUCAGAGAGGAAGAAAUGGAUUCACUGUUUUGAGAAUGUCACUUCCCUCGUAUUUCUGGCGGCCCUCAGCGAGUACGAUCAAGUCCUUUAUGAGAGUGAGAAUGAUAAUCGACUCAGAGAGAGCCUCGCCUUGUUCAAGACCAUCCUCUCAUACCCUUGGUUCCAUGAGUCCUCCACCAUCCUCUUCCUGAACAAAACAGACUUGCUAGAGGAGAAAAUCACACAGUCUCAUUUGGCAACCUACUUCCCGGACUAUACUGGGCCUCAGUGUGAUGCUGGAUCUGCGAAAAAGUUUAUCUUGGAAAUGUACAAGAAGCAGCACAGCGGGCAUCCUAAACUCCUUUACACACACUACACCUGUGCCACGGACACAGAGAACAUCCGGGUUGUCUUUAAAGCCGUCAAAGACACCCUCUUCAGAGAUAAUCUUGGCAAGUUCAACCUCGAAUAAGGAGGUUGUAGGACAAAGUGAUGGUUUCAUGUUUAGGAACAAGGAAGCUGGUUAUACAGUCACAUGUUUAAACACUUUUAUGGACAUUGUAUCUGUUAUGUGCUGUCGGUUGUAGCUUGUUCAAAAACAUCAAAGAGAGGCAAUCAGACAGCAGUGUCAGGUAAGGCACAUUUAUCUCAGCACUGUAAAACACAGACAGUAUGUGCCAUUCUUUGCAACACAGUUCAUCAUAAGUGUUAAAAAACACAUGUUCUAUUGCUGCAGGAGAGAAAUGGACAACUGAAAUGUCAAUUAAUUGUUGUACUGAACUGUUAGAUGGGCUCCUUUUUAUACCAUUACUGUUUGACAGAGAAGUAAAUGGUUUCAAUCUGGUUUGAUAAAGCAAGAAUGCAGCGCACCCUGCCUUACAGCUCUGGGAGGAGGAAGUAAAAGAAUACCCUGCAGGGAACUACAGUGCCUUAGUUUAUAUUUAUGUGUGCAACAACUACCAUGUACCCUAUGAAAUGAUUCUUUUUUUCCACUAACUUUCCAUAACUUUAAAAUAUAGAUGUAAAAAACCACAUGUAAUGUGUGUUUUUAAACAAACUGGA